CCGCGUCGGCCUGUGGGGAGCGGGGUAGCUGUUGGCUUGGUGUCGAAGUGGCGCCUUCCUUCCCCCCCCCCUCCCGCCGCUUCAUCGCCUGUCUUUGCUCGCCGCUGUUUUUCUCCCAGUGGGCUCCCCUUCCCUUCCGACCCCCGACAUUCCUGCUAGGGGAGUCGCUUGUUCGUCCGCCGGAUGGAGGGAGGCCGGUGCGUGCCCCUUUCCCCGAUCACCGCCGUGCGGGAUAAUGCUCCCUUCCCUCCCAUUCUGAAGCGCUUCUACCCGCUCUACUUCAAGAGGGAGGGUAGACGCCUUCGCCCCCCCCCCCCUCGCUCUGCCAUUCCCCUCAGACUUAUGCUUAAAGGUGGGAAGAACGGGCACAAAUUCUGAAGCGGUAGGCUGGACCGUGCCAUGUAAGAAAGAAAUACGUUGAAAGCUGGAAAAGAUGAAACAACUGAAAAGGAAAAGGAAAAGCAAUUUCAGUGUUCAGGAGACCCAAACUUUACUUAAAGAAAUCCGAAAAAGAAGAGAGGUGCUUUUUUCCAAACAGCUAAAUACAACUAUUAACGAGAUGAAGCGGAAGGCUUGGGAAGAAAUUGCAGAAUGUGUGAAUGCUGUAGGUGAAGGAGAACAAAGGACUGGGACAGAAGUCAAAAGGCGAUACCUGGACUGGAGGGCCCUUAUGAAACGAAAGCGACUAAAUACUAACAUAAAGUUGGUUGGAGCUGGCUUUCAUCUUCCUUCAUCUGAUCUGGAUGAUUCUCUCAAUGAAGAUAUUGAUGAGAAAAUAGGUUUUCCAAAUGAAUCUAAUUUUGAAUGGCAAAAUAUCACAGAUUUCAGAGAAGCAGGGGGAUCAUUAACUGAAGUAAAAGUAGAAGAAGAGGAGGAAGAUCCACAAAGUUUUGAAUUUCCUAUUGAGGAAGAAGAGGAGAUUUUGUCUUCAGUUUUACCAGAUUCCAAAAAGGAAAGUGAUCUUCCUGAUUUCACCCAUAUUGAAGAAUUUGGAAAUCUAAGUUCUGCUCAAGCUAGGCUGGCUUAUGAAGAUUCCCACUUGCUGAUUAGCUUAGAGAAGCAGAAGCUAGAGCUGGAAAAACAACGCCUGGAUAUUGAAGCGGAACGAUUACAAGUGGAGAAGGAGCGUCUGCAGAUUGAAAAAGAGCGGUUGAGGCACAUUGAUCUGGAACAUGAGAGGCUUCAGCUGGAAAAAGAGCGGUUACAAAUUGAGCGGGAGAAACUGAGGCUUGAAGCUCAGCAUGGUGAAAAACCUAUCUUGGAGAAUGAUCCAAACCAGGCAGAAAAGCCUGUCUUACAACCUUUGGAUUUAGAAACAGAAAAACUGAAAAUUGAGAAAGAGCGUUUGCAGCUUGAGAAGGAGAGGCUGCAAUUCCUGAAGUUUGAAUCAGAAAAGCUGCAAAUUGAAAAAGAACGCUUGCAAGUAGAGAAAGAGCGGCUUCGAAUUCAGAGAGAAGGACAUUUGCAGUGAACUUGGAGGAAAUCAUUACCAAUGUGAUGUUUUGUUGUUUGUACUUUAAAAAAAAAAUCAGAAUUGUACUUUUGUUUUAUUAAAAGUGUUGGAUAGUCUGGUCUUCAAAGCAUUUCACUACUAAUGUUAUCACUUUGCUACUGUGGUAAUUACACUUUGAGAAUACAUUUGUUUUGGCCAUAAUUGAGCAUUAAUGUAUUCAU